CUAUAUCUGCCCAGUCUUCUAAGCAAGAAGCAUAGUAAAGACAAAAGAAAUCUUUCAUAGCACAGACUCCUUUUGGCAAGUGGCUACAAACUCUUCGGACGAUGGGGAAGAAAGCUAAACAUUCAAUAAUUAAGGAUGCCACAUGCACCCUGUUUCUCUCGGUCUUCACUGCGGUGCUAGGCUUUUUCCAGUUUGGCUAUUGCAUUGGAGUCAUCAAUGCACCACAACAGAUCAUCAUGAUGCACUAUGGCAAGGUGCUGGGCGUUACAGAUGAUCCAAUGAAAAACCCUACAAUCAUAAUGCUCUGGUCCUUGUCUGUAGCCAUGUUUGCUGUUGGUGGAAUGGUUUCCUCCUUCACUGUUGGAUGGAUUGGAGAAAAGAUGCCAAGAGUGAAAGCCAUGCUCCUGGUGAACGUCCUUGCAAUCUCUGGAAAUAUCUUUUUGGGCGUGUCAAAAUUUGGUCCCUCACAUGUCCUUAUUAUCAUAGGAAGAGCAUUAACUGGACUUCACACUGGGCUCACAUCUGGACUUGCUCCAAUGUAUGUUGGAGAGAUUUCGCCCACAGCUCUUCGAGGUGCACUGGGAUCAUUGCACCAGCUUGCUGUGGUUAUUGGCAUUCUCAUCAGCCAGGUUCUGGGCCUAGACUUUCUCCUGGGCAGAAAUGAAACUUGGCCAUUGCUCCUUUGUUUGUCUGGUUGUGCAGCUGUCCUCCAGAUUUUCCUGCUCUUCCUUUGCCCAGAGAGUCCUCGGUACCUGUACAUUAAAUGUGGAAAACUAGAAGAAGCCAAACGAAGCUUGAAACGGCUGAGAGGAGAAGCCUACGACCCUACCAAGGAAAUUGAGGACAUGGAGAAAGAAAAAGAAGAAGCAUCGAGAGAAAAGGCCGUCUCCAUUUGGCAGCUCAUCACCUCCUCCAACUACAGGCAGCCAUUCCUAGUGGCCAUAGGGGUUCACAUCGCUCAGCAGUUUUCAGGAAUUAAUGCUAUUUUCUACUACUCUACUGAUAUUUUUAACACAGCUAAGGUCGGCCAGCCUGUUUAUGCGACCAUAGGAGUGGGGUUUGUGAACACCGUAUUCACUGUCGUUGCUGUCUUCCUGGUGGACAAAGCAGGGAGGCGCUCCCUCUUUAUGGCUGGCCUGUUAGGCAUGAUGGUUUGUACAAUAGCCAUGACGGUUGGCCUUGUGCUUCAGCCCAAGUAUGAAUGGAUGAGCUACAUCAGCCUGACUUCCGUCUUCCUCUUUGUCAGUUUCUUUGAAAUCGGGCCAGGACCUAUUCCUUGGUUUAUUGUUGCUGAGCUCUUCAGCCAAGGUCCUCGCCCAGCAGCCAUCGCAAUGGCUGGUUUUAGCAACUGGUUCACCAACUUCUGCAUCGGGAUGUUCUUCCCAUAUGUGGCUAAACUAUGCGGACCAUACGUGUUUCUGAUCUUUGCCUUUCUGCUUGCCCUGUUCGUUAUGUUCAUUUACUUCAAAGUGCCAGAAACCAAAGGCAAGUCAUUUGAAGAAAUUGCAGAAGAGUUCCGUCGCCGAAAAAAAGGUUCCAAAGGACCCAGCGGAGCUACUGAAAUGGAGUACCUGGGAGGCACCCAGCAAGCAUAGAGGCAUCUAUGCAAGAGGAAGGCGGAAACAAACUUGUUAGUCAAUGCUUCUGGGAGAAAGCAUUUUGUUAAAAACGUAAAAGUAUGGAAAAUGAAUGCUGGUAGGUUGUGUCUGUUCUGUAGCUUCAGGUUGAUGCGUUUGCAGAAUGAUCAGUUCUCCUUACUUCCCCAGGAAGUCGCAAGUUGCAAAGUCUUAAAAAUUUACGCCAAAAGAGGUAGGAAACGGAACUGCCGUGAACCUUGAAUGGUGGACCUGUUGUGCCCCAGUUAAUUUGCUCUGUGGGAUUCACUGCAGAAGAAGAGAGGUGCAAGAGCCAUGCAGAAAACACUACCAAAGGGUUGUGGUGUAAUCAUUCUUUCUCAGAAACUUGAUAUUUUGCAUUUAUGAAACUUCCCAAAGUUCUGCGAUUAGAUGGCAUUUAUUUUGCCUAUUUGGACAUUUUGCCAUUACUGACUUAGCUUGACUACAUUAUUUUGGUUGCCUCAUUUGUUAGAUAUUUUAAGGGGAGGGGCAAUUAAGCAGAAAUCUGAUUAUUUUUGUUCAGCAUCUUUUGGGUUGUAGGUUGGGCAAGAUGAAACUCAUUCAAACAAGUAGAUGCUUUAUCUACAUUUUGUCUGUACGGAUGGCUUGUAGGUUUCCCCCUCCAAGGUAAAUAGUGUUCGGAAGGGAUGGGGGUAGGAAUUCAGGUCAGGAAAAUGAUGCACGAGAAAGAUUAGCCUCUUCCUCCAACGGCAUAGACCUGAUCCAAAUCGGGGGACCUACUCUUUAGAAGCCCCCUUGUCAAAAUCCACAGGAGAUUUCAUACAGAUCUCCCACUAGUUUUGAGACUACUUGCUUUCCUGCUCUGCACCAACAUGUUCAUUUCAUUUCAUUUUUGUCCUGGAAAUAAGUUGUUUGCAUAAAUGGAAGUUAACAACUUAUUUCCAGGACAAAAGUGAAAUGAAUCCACAGGAUCAGUAUUUUCCCCUCCAGAAUGCACAGGAGCUGCAAAUCAUUAGUGCUUGGAAUGGCAUUUGUAAUUUAGAAACCCAUCCUAAAUGCAAAAACAAAAGGCUUCAUUUGUAUGGCUAAAUACCACUGGGAUAAGACGGUACCACUGGGAUAUUUUGCAUCCUCAAAUUAUAGGGUUCCCCCUCCCUCUACAGCCAAGUAAAUUUGGAAAUCAACAUCCAAAUUUGCAUGUAACAAUUUGAAAUUGUGAUUUCAUAAUGUAAAAUUGAGCAAUGUUCAGGUCUUGUGUAAAUUUCCCCGAUCCUGUGCUUGUUUACUUGGGAGGAAGUCCCACUGGCAGGGUGACGGUGUGUCCUACUUUAUGGUCCUCUAUUUGAAGGGCUGCCACUGUAGAGAACAGUUCUCUAAGCUGUGCUCUGUUUGAAAAGCUGUCUGGUUUAACUGUCAAAAGAGAGAGCAGAAGCCUUGAAGUUGCCCAUCAGCAAUUAGCACAUGGACAAGAGACUGAGCAGCAAGUGCAGUCUUCCCAUUAUGAAUUGUACUUCUGUUUAAAUCAUAGUCAUUAUUUCAACAUUUGCAUGUGAGCACAUACGUUACCACUUUUUUUUUGUCCUCUUUGUUAAUGAUGCAGUUCUUCUCCUUUGGCAAUGCAUAUGUCACCAUCCAGUCCCUUGAACUCACUGGGACUUGGCUUUGGUGAAUUUUCAAAACUUCAAAAAAAAAAAUAUGAAAAUAGUAAUGAGGAAAUCUUCACAUUUUAAACAUUUGAUUUGAUUUCAUUUAUUACAUUUAUAUACCGCCCCAUAGCAGAAGCUCUCUGGACGGUUUACAAAAGUUAAAAACAGUGAACAUUGAAAAGUAUACAAAAUUUAAAACCAUCAAAAACAUAAACAGUAUAAAAACAACGGUAUCCAUUUAAAAAACCACAGUUCUGGGGUCUGUUAAAAAACAAACUUAGCAUUGUUAAAUGCUGUUAAAUACCUGGGAAAAGAGAAAAGUCUUGACCUGGCGCCAAAAAGAUAACAAAGGCCAUGCUCUUUUCAACAUAUAUUGGUGAAACUAUAAUUUUAUGAAAGGUAUUUGUCAUUUGAGUCACAGUAAUGCUUUCAGAGGGCAUUAUUCAAUUAUGUUCCCAAACUACUUAAGUGCUGGGACAACACCUUCAAAGUAGAUCUUAUCGGAGCCUGGUAAUAUUUCUUCCUUGAAUGUAUGGACACCACUGCUGAGAAAUAAAAAACAAAAACUUUCUACCCACUGGCCAGCUAAUGCCCCUUAGUGUUGCAACGUUAAGUCUUGCCUUAAGGUGUCAACGUCAAGUGGAAGCAAAGGUCUUUCCAACUGUACAAUACAUGUUACUAACAUCUUGUAUUAAAGGACUUGAUCUCAAGAGCCAUGGUGCAGAAGCCUUUCUCAGCAUCGAAACACAUUGGCCUUCUCCACAGCCUUACCUGAUAUGUACCCAGCAAUACUCCAUGGCAUGACAUGGCAGCAAAGACCUUCUACUUCUACUGUGGCAUCCAGUGACCAGAAGUGCCCCCCUCCCUGUGCACACACACUGUUCUAUGAAGAUUAUGCAAAGCAAGGAACAGAGCAAAAGUGUGUGUGACUCAGUUUGCACGAUGAAACAACAUGCAAAUUGACUGUGGAUUAUUUGUGAGUGCACAUGCAUUCUGGCUCCCCAACUCCUGUGCAUUAAACAACCACUGGGUUGUUUUCAUGUCAUCCAAACCCAGAAUUCUAGGUUGUUGAGGGAGAAACAAGCCAGAGUUAUAACCCAAGAACCAUGGUUUACAACUUUGAGUUGUUUCUCCUUCAACAACAUAGAAGUCCGGGUUUUGACAUAACAGAGAAUAACCUAGGGACAGAGCCUCCCUGGAAUGUUUAAUACCUCAAAAACAGGUGAGACGUCAUGCUCGGUUGCUUGCUGCUCUCCCAAGCCAUGGUUAACAAACUGGCUUGUUUUAUUGUACAAACCACGCUGUUUGUACAAAAAAGUGUGUUUUAACAGUGGUUUGUUCUGUCUCUGCGGACUGUUAUUUUGUACAUUAA